GUAAAAAUAAAUAAUUCUGCUUUCCUAUUUCUUUCCUCCUUUUUUUUGUUACAAUAUAAGUUUAAUGUUACUACUUCUAUCACAUUUCUCUCUCUUUCUCUCCUAUUUUAGUUUAUCAGAGCUGAAAUCUCAAAUUCUUUGAUUUUUUGAUAGAAAAGUUUGUUCAUUUGAUUUUUGAUCGAAAGUUUUGAUUUUUUGAAGUUGGGUUCUUGCUGAUUGUUGGAUCUCAAGAACCAAAUCAAGAGUUCUGAUUUCUGGGUUUUUUCUCACUUGCUUUCGUUUUAACCAGGUGGGUUUUUUCUCUUAUCAAACGAGAAGAGAUCAUCCUUAUGUUGUCUAAGGCAUUAUAUAUUGCGAUUUUGGUACUAAUUUCGUACUUGAUACUAGCAACCAGUUCAAGUAUUCACAAUUACAUUCCUUUGGAUACCAAUGGCUCUUUUCUUGAAUUGCCAGAACAUAACUUUAAUACCAAUGUCAAUACCAUAGUUUCUUCAUCUACAGGCUGCACUCUUCCCUCAUCUCAUAAUGUUAGCGCCGAAGAAUCAGAAGAAGGGGUGGUUGUUAAUCAUGGAAAUUUGGAGAAACACCCACAUUUAGUGAAACUCCCUUUAAGACACCGAGUUAUUGGAGAGGAGGGAAGAAAGCAGUCAGUGAUUGAAUCCGCGGUUAGGGACUUGAACCGAAUUCACACUUUCAGGCGAAGGAUUACUGAGAAUAAGAACCAAAAUGCAAAUUCCAGGGUCCGGAAUCAUAGGCAAUUACUUGAGAAACAUCCAGUAGAAGAACCUGAUGAUUUAAGUGUGUUGCAAGGGCAUCUAGUGAGCAGUUUGAAAUCCGGGGUUAGUCUUGGCUCUGGUGAAUACUUCAUGGAUGUGUUUGUGGGUACUCCCCCUAAACCUUUCUCAUUGAUAGUUGAUACUGGAAGUGAUCUCAAUUGGAUACAAUGUGUACCAUGCUACGAUUGUUUCGAGCAAACUGGUCCUCACUAUGAUCCAAAGGAUUCGAAAUCAUUCAAGAAUAUUAGUUGCAAAGACCCUCGGUGUGAUCUUGUGAGCUCACCUGAUCCUCCAGUACCCUGCAAGGGUCAAAAUGGAAGCUGUCCGUACUUUUAUUGGUAUGGUGAUAGUUCCAACACCACAGGGGAUUUCUCACUCGAAACUUUCACGGUGAACUUGACUUCUCCAAAUGGGAAAUCGGAGUUUAAGAAGGUCGAUAAUGUGAUGUUCGGUUGUGGGCAUUGGAACCGUGGUCUUUUCCAUGGGGCUGCAGGGUUGUUAGGACUUGGAAAAGGGCCGCUGUCAUUCUCCUCUCAGUUGCAAUCUUUAUAUGGGCAUUCCUUUUCAUAUUGUUUGGUGGAUAGAAAUAGUGAUCCUAGUGUUAGUAGUAAGCUGAUUUUCGGGGAGGAUAAAGAUCUCCUGAAUCACCCGGAAUUGAAAUUUACUAAGCUAGUAAAUGGUAAAGAUAACCCAGUUGAUACUUUCUACUAUGUGGAGAUAAAAUCAGUCUCCAUAGGAGGAGACAUAUUGAAAAUACCAAAGGAGAUGUGGAGUUUCAUGGAAGACGGUGGGGGUGGAACUAUCAUUGAUUCAGGGACCACUCUUAGCUACUUUGUAGAGCCGGCUUAUGAGAUUAUUAAAGCGACAUUCAUGAAGAAGAUCAAGAAGUAUCCAUUGGUGUCAGACUUUCCAAUUCUGACUCCGUGUUAUAAUGUAUCUGGAGUAGAUACUGAUAACCUGGAAAUGCCGAGCUUCAGUAUUCAGUUUAGCGAUGGAGCUGAGUGGAACUUCCCCAUUCAGAAUUAUUUCAUAUGGGUUGAUCGUGAGAUCGUGUGUUUGGCAAUGAUGGGAACAAAAAGAUCGGCGUUUUCCAUCAUUGGGAAUUAUCAGCAGCAGAAUUUUCACAUUUUGUACGACACGAAGAGGUCGAGGCUUGGAUAUGCACCUACAAGAUGUGCUGAUGUCUGACAGAACUUUGCUAUAGAAUAUACAGAUUUGAUCAUUUGGAGGAGAAUUUUUUUUCACAUAGUUUGGGUUAGAAAGGGGCAGUCAGUAACUCUUUUUUUUCACAUUUGUUGUUUAUUGAUCUUCUUUUUUGUAGAUUUGGAUUGUUUUUUAUUCUUACUCCAUGUUAGAUACAUGAAAAUAGGAUUCUUACUUGCAAAGUUGAGCUAAUUAUACUGGAGAACAGGGCAAUGUUACCUGUCUCAUGAAAUGUACACAUUUCUUUAUGUUUCGGUUGAUUCAUCA